AUGUUGUCGUUAGGCGGUUUCUACCGUCACGACUUCUCCUAUUUGGACCGGUUUUGUUUUCAGUCAGCCACUGGACACUUGGACUAUUCCUUAACAUAUCCAGCAACUUUCGCUGUGCCAAGUUUACUGUUAUACUAUGAUUCAAAGGAUCAAUGGUUGAGGGCCUAUAAGGAACUCAGUACGUGUGAAGACCGGCGAGAUGUACUAACGAAUCAUUCAUUGGAUCCAGCAGUGAUUCGUUUGGAUCCAUAUGAUCGGUCACUGAAUACUUUUGGUGCUCGCUGCCGUCUAGUAACCGAUGUCUUUGGAACUGAUUGGGUUAACUGUAGAGGGACGAGAACCUUUCAGUCAAUGCGAUCUCGAUGGUGGUUUCUGGCUUUGUCAGCAUGCGAAGACGAAAAUAUCGAGAACAAAACUUCCGGGCUACAUGUCGAAUACGAGCUCUUUAUGACUAAUGGUGAACCAAACGAAGUUCUUCGCUAUCAGUUCUCCGAUGACGAAUGGUGUAAGUAUUGA